CUUCUCUUUUCUUCUUAGACGCCCCAAGAUCAUUCAAUCACCAAGCCCUUCAGAUAUUCCUGCCAACCAAAAAUAGCCCGAAAAUCUCUUCCAGGUGAAAGAUGAACACGUACACGUACCCAGGCACCAAAAUCGACCCAAACGCGCAACACGCAGCACGACGCACAGGCGACGAAGCGCGCCAUGCCGCCAGCGGAACCAGAUAUUGCAAUACCAGGCUAAUCAAUUCACUCUGCCUGGCAAGCACAGUUGAGCACAACAGCAUGCCAAUUGCGGAUUCACAACCACAGUGGCAACGCCAAUUACCCUUUGUCUCCAGAGCAGUCCCAGCACAGCCGUACCACCACCACUACAAUCGCGGCGUCGAGCUGAUUCCGACGCUCAACACUCCAAUUCACUUCUCUCGACCUCUCAAUCCGCCAAGAUCCGCUAUCACUAUCUCGUGGUACCCUUGGGAUUUAUCUUCUUCACCUUCUCCUCCCCCUUCAGAGGCUUCAUCUUCAGCGGAUUCCCUCGCAGAUCUAGCUUUCAACCUAUCACUCAACUCUCCUCCACUAAUUCCGCUGAAGACACCUCGCCCUCCACAGAAGGCCCAAGAAGUCCACAUGGCACGUCGACUACGACCGGGUGAACUCACUCCACCCGGACCAUGGGCCGACGGGAGCUGGGCAUGCGGAUGCCAGAAAGCAUUCACCGCGAGCAAGAAGAUGCAGUUCGGACUGGGUAUCGAGGAUAUCCAUGGUAAUUUCCAUUUUGGAGCAGAUGACCAAUAUCCCGUCCCUCCUCCCACUGUGAUUGAGCCUGAGCAAAGAGGAACUGAGUGGUUACUUCGCUUGGGAUUUGGUGAAUUCGGAUUUGGAGACUACACCACUGAAGGUCCAUUGAAUCAUCCUUUGGGUCAGAAGAACGUGUUAGAUGACGGCACGAUCUUCAAUCCGGGCGAGACACUCACCAUAUCCAAAGACGCCGCGGUUCUGGAAAACAACACCCCAUCCCAAUUCCCCUGGCACGCCGCCUAUGGCCUCAACGCCUCAACUGGACAAACCCAAACCAACAUGCCAUCCAGCUCUCCAAUUCCCGCCUCAGACAGCAACCUCAUCGACCCAUCAACCCUCUUCCACGGCACCGACCUCCUCGCCUGGCCCCAGCAACCCCAAACCACAACCAACAUAUCCCAAUCCCACUACGCCGACCUCAGCAGCAUCGACCUCGACCUCAACCUCGACCUCAACUCUCACAACCUCAUAUCCUUCCCCUCAGACGACGAAGACGCCCUCACGGAAAUAGACUUCCCCUUCACAUCUUCCCCGUCCAUCAAGCCCACCACCAACGACACAGGACCAACGAUACUCCACCCCACAAACCCCCUAAUAACCAUAACAACAGCAUCACCCUGCGCUGGCCCAGUCGUACCCAUCCGACCCAUCCUCGCGCAGAAACAGUCACAGCAACAGGUGAUGCAGAAGCAGAAGCAGGUCCACCCGCCGCUGAAACGCCAGCGCUCGAACGAUAGUGGCGUGGUGUAUAAACUCCCAGGAGUCGUCGGGGGCAGGAGCGGCGACGGAGGAAGAGGAAGAGGAGGAAGAGGGGGGGAUGAUAAGGAGAACGAGUUGUACCACAAGGCGCCGUACUUGUAUGCUCUCAAGGGCGUGGGGAAUGUGGGAGCGGGACGAGAUGAGGAUGGUGGUGGUGUUAGUCUGAUCUAG